GGGAGGCUUGGGUUUGCAUGUCAGCUGGGAACUUACACUGUUGUAGUCACCUUUCAAAGACAGCAGCACACUGACACUGGGGACUGUGGGAGCUUGGAAGACGUUACCUCGAUAGUCUACAUCCUUCAGGGCCCACCAUCAAAACAGGAUGGAAUCUCAACAUGAAAAAACUCACACACGUUGGACAAUUUGUCUGAAAUAUCUACUUUUUCUCUUCAAUAUUCUUUUCUGGCUGGCAGGAGGAGCUGUGCUGGUGGUGGGGGUGUGGACCCUGGUGGAAAAGAGCAACUACAUCAGUUUGCUGAACUCCAGCUUCUACUCAGCCUCAGCUUACAUCCUGAUAGCUGCUGGAGUCAUUGUGAUAGUGACUGGAAUAAUCGGAUGCUGUGCCACUCUAAAGGAGCUGAAGAGUCUUUUGAUUGUGUAUUUAAUCCUGUUGCUCUGUAUUUUCCUGCUGGAAAUCAUUGCUGGUUUGCUGGCCUUCAUAAACUACCAAGAGCUGGAUGAUGAGCUUAGACAGAACCUGAGGGUGACCAUGCAGCAGAAAUACCAACAACCAGGGGAGGAGAGCAUCACACAGAGCACACAGGCUGUGGACAAACGUCAGCAGGAGUUUAAAUGUUGUGGCAGUAACAACUUCACAGACUGGAGGGACAGUGUGUGGAUCCAGGCUAAAGAUGAUCAGCGGCUUGUCCCUGAUAGCUGCUGUAUAACUCCCAGUGAGCUCUGUGGCCGCAGGGACCAUCCCUCCAACAUCUACAAUGUGGAGGGAGGCUGCAUUAUGAAAUUAGAGGACUUCAUCCUGAGUCAGUUGUAUAUUCUUGGUGCAGUGAGCAUUGGGAUUGCAUUUCUCCAGCUUUUGGGGAUGAUGGUUACUUGCUGCCUUUACCACAAACUGAAAAAAGAUCCAUACUGAUUUUAGACUUUCUUCAUUGUCCCAAAAUGUGUCACACCAUGAACUGUAAAAUAGCUGAUUAGAGAUAAUAAUACCCCAAAUGAUUUACACAGUUCAGGUGCUGUGAAGUUAUUAUUUUAAAUGCGAACAUGAGGAUUUUUAAAUUACAAACAGUAGAAAUACUGUAAUGCUGCUGGACGGCACUGUUCUUUUUCUGCAGAAUUCCAUUAAAUACUUGAAGUAUCUUCAAUAUUAUUCUAAGAUAAUGGAAUGAACUUGUUACCAGAAAACACAUUUAAAUAAGCAGAGAAAUAUGAACAAGCCGUGGCUUCAUUUUCCAUCAGUCUUGGUCUUGUUUUUAUCUAUUUUUUUAUGUACCACACAUUGUUCACUAAAGAGCUCAUUUAAAUGAAUAUAACAAAUGUUUGUUUGUUAAAAUACAAAUAAAUAUGCUUACCAUUUAUCAUACUGAAUGAAUUUCACAGAUUAUUGUCCCU